AUGAAGCAAAUCCAUUGUGUAUCUUGUCAUAAAGAACAGACACGACCUCGUCCGUUGCCUCCACCACCACCUCAUAUCGAGUUAGCAGGAAGCGGAACUAAAGAAGAUCAUACGCUGAGAGAUGUUGCAUCGUUGACGCGGGAUGAUGACAGCAGUAAGAAAGUUAAGAAAAAGCCGAGUCAGGGUCACCCAGAUGAUAUACUGCUGUAG